GAACGCUUUUGUUAGUCCAUGAAUCGCGGCUUGUUAUUUAUGUGUAUACGAGUGUAAACAAUAACAGUUUUACUAUUCGCCGUUUAGUAUUCAGUAUAUAUAUACUUACCCCCGGCAUAAUGUCCUCCUGGGAAGAAAUCCAGGCGGUUAAGGUGAAGCGCAACACCCUUCGCGAACGUUUGGAAAAGCGCAAGAAAGAACGGCAAGAUUUGCUUGGUGGAAGCAGCCCAGGGCCUAGCGUUGUGGGUUUGAUCAAAACAGAGUCCGGUGCGGCCGGUGUGGAUGAUAAGAGUAAGGUUUUGCUGACGGCAAUCAAAUUGGAACAAGACACUGACUCCGAGGUGGAAAAGACGCUGGUUAAGGUGCUUGCUGACCGGAGUUUAAUACUACCCACCAACUCGUCGUUGAUCGCCCAACGAGUUGAGAAAAUUACGCUAAAGCCUGCACCGAACGAGUCAAUACUGUACUAUCUGCAGAAAUUAUCUGGCCAAAGUUUGAUAAGCCUCAAGGAAGUGAGCAUUGGGGAAUCGGUCGGAUACGAAAUCAUUUCCGCUGAACAUGGAAAUUUACAGGUGCUGUACGAAGAUCUACUGCUCAAUAGUGGACGCGAAGGCAUCAAACGAAAGGCCAUUAAUCAUGAGCAUGAACCGGAUUCGAAAAUGGCUCGUCUAGCUUCGGCCUCGGCUAGAGACGAUUCUCAGAAAAAGACCGGUGAAUCCAGUGCACUGAGUGACACAUCCGAUAUCAUGUCUUUACUCUCGCUACCUUCCACGAGAGAGAAGCAAAGCAAGCAGGUUGGGGAGGAGAUUUUGGAGUUGUUGACGAAGCCAACCGCCAAGGAGCGGUCGCUGGCGGAAAAGUUUAAAUCGCAAGGUGGGGCCCAGGUGAUGGAGUUUUGUCCCCACGGCACCAGAAUCGAGUGCAUGCGGUCAUUGGAGGCAGCCAACGAUGCCCAUUUGAAGAAGGAAGAUGACGACGAUGUUAUCAUUAGUGACGAUAAUAACGGCUUUGAGAUUAUUGAGAUCAAAAAAGAAUCCGACGAUGAGAAGGGAAAAUAUCAGUGCAACAAGUUGCACUUUAAAAAGAUCAUACAAUCGCACACCGACGAGUCGCUGGGCGAUUGUAGUUUUUUGAACACCUGUUUCCACAUGGACACUUGCAAGUAUGUUCACUAUGAGGUGGACACUUAUAUUGGACAGAAUACGGGUUCAAAGUUUGAGGUGGAGGGACCGCUAGGAUCGAAGCGAACAAUCGAUCCCUGUGCUACACUGUACCCACCUCAGUGGAUUCAAUGUGAUCUACGGUAUCUGGAUAUGACCGUUCUGGGCAAAUUCGCCGUUGUAAUGGCCGACCCGCCUUGGGAUAUACAUAUGGAGCUUCCGUACGGUACGAUGUCCGAUGACGAGAUGAGGCAGCUAGGUGUUCCUGCUCUGCAGGACGAUGGCUUAAUUUUCCUGUGGGUCACCGGUCGCGCAAUGGAGCUUGGCCGUGAGUGUCUCAAACUGUGGGGAUAUGAACGGGUCGACGAGUUGAUAUGGGUGAAAACGAACCAACUGCAAAGGAUUAUUCGCACAGGCAGAACUGGUCACUGGUUGAAUCACGGCAAGGAGCACUGUCUGGUGGGGAUGAAAGGCAACCCGCCGAAUCUAAAUCGGGGACUGGAUUGCGAUGUGAUUGUUGCGGAGGUACGCGCCACCAGUCACAAACCGGAUGAGAUAUACGGCAUCAUCGAGCGUUUGAGCCCUGGAACGAGGAAGAUUGAACUGUUCGGUAGACCGCACAACGUACAACCAAAUUGGAUAACACUUGGAAAUCAAUUAGAUGGAAUACGGCUGGUCGAUCCCGAACUGAUAAGUUCCUUCCAGAAGCGUUAUCCCGAUGGAAACUGCAUGACUCCUGGCAAAAAUCCCUAGAAAUAGAACGUGUAAUUUUGACAAUUCAAUAACCGUUAAUAUGUGCGGACUGAUGAAGGCGGUAGCUUUAUAUAACAUGUUACCCAAUUGCUUUUACAUCGUGAUUUAAAAAAAACAGAUGAAUCGCUUAAUUCGUAUUUAAUUUCUCCUGCUGAUUGAGUGACAUAAACACAAAAAUUGCGUUUUGAUUAUGAAUGUACAUAAUCACAGGAUUCAACUUUAUUAUACCGUACUCGUUUUUUAUUUCAUUGCAUUGUUUCAUUUUGAUGCAAAAUCCUAUUUCAAUUCUUGGUCCAAUAAAAAAACUAAAUUAAAUCGAAAA